AUGGUAACUCCCAAUGUCUCUCCCAGUGGCUCGAACCAAGUCACCCCUGCUCAAGCUGUCGAGAUCCUUUGGUCAGAUGCUGUCACUCAUAUCAAGUCUACUGAUGGUGAAGUCUUUGUGCCUUUCAACGUUGUCGAGGCUGUGAUCGGCCACGAGGGCCUCAUGGUUAUUUCCAAGCGCCUUGCUGCCCUUCUGAACAAGCAGGUUCAGAUUCUAGCUGACACCAGCAUUGAGUGCUACCGAGUUCAUCCUCAUGAAUUCACCAAGGGCAUGAUUCCUGACCAGCUCAAGAUUGGCGGCAAGCCUCUGGAGCUUGGAGACCAUCAGCGCAUCUCCAAGGCCAUUCACAAAGCAACUACUGAAAACGCUGUCCGCGUGCCUACUCGUUCCACCAAGAUCCCACGUCCUCCCAACUCUUUCAUCCUCUAUCGUCAGGCCAAUCACCACGCUGUGAAGGAUGCUAACCCCAACAUUACCAACAACGAGAUCUCCCGUAUUCUUGGUGCUCGUUGGAAGAACGAGUCCGAGGAAGUUCGUCAGCGUUACAUUAUUCUCGCCGAUGACCUGAAGAAACGUCACUCCCUUGCCCAUCCUGAUUACCAGUACACUCCACGCCGCCCCUCUGAGCGCAAACGCCGUGCAUCUCGUCUUGUGCCUACUCAGAACAACGUUGCCGAGAAUGAGGACGAGAACGAUGAUGAGAAUGAUGUUGUUUUGCAGUCUUCCAAUGUCGUUGCUGUUGUGAAUGAAGACUUCAUGGACGUGUUAGGCAACAAUGGACUUCUCUACGGCCCCAAUGGCGUUGAGCCUCUUCUUGCCUCCUACAACGACUUCGAGCGCCAGCAGAUUGCCAACGAUCAGCUUUCCGGUGCCACCUUCUGCGAGAUGGACUACACCCCAAUUCCAUGGUACGAAAUGCUCACACUCGACAACGACUCUCAGCAUAUGCUGUUCCACCAGGGGAACUAA